GCGCAACAGGACACCCUCUUUGUCGUUUGUCAUGACGUGUUACCAUAGCAUCAGUUGUCAAACACGACAAUGACUCGCUAUCUAACUAGCUUAGCUUAACUAACUGAUAACUAGUUUAUAUCAUAGUACUUACGCAUAAUGUAAUACUCCGUUAGUUCAUUAUCAUAGUUGUCUAACUUUUCUUAGCGUUCGCUUCCAUGUCAAAAUACAAGACUUCUGGAUACAAAGGUUCCUAUGACUGUAGCAAAAGUGAGGAGCGGGAGGGAAGGUGUUGCGUGCGUUACAAAUGUGGCCAACUCAACACCAUAAACGUCCUACGCCAAAGGCCAGGUUGGGUGGAAGUCAAAGAUGAAGGAGAAUGGGACUUCAACUGGUGUGAUGUGGGCUGGCUCAGGGAUAAUUUUGAUCAUUCAUAUUUGGAGGAACAUGUCAGGAUAAACCACUUUCGCAACCAUUAUGAGUUGACUCGCAAAAACCUCAUGGUGAAAAACCUCAAAAGAUACCGGAAAAAUCUCGAAAGGGAUGUUGGCCGCAUGGAGGCCUCCAAAUGUGAUUUCUUCCCCUGCACCUUCGCAUUGCCCAGCGAAUAUCAUCUCUUUGUUGAGGAAUUCAAAAGAAGCCCUGGUAGCACCUGGAUCAUGAAGCCGGUAGCAAAAUCUCAAGGGAAAGGCAUUUUCCUAUUCAGGAAACUGAAGGACAUCAUGGAUUGGAAAAAGGAUGGCACCCGCUCAGAGGAACAGAAGGAUGCAGCUCAAGUGGAAAGCUAUGUGGCUCAACGCUACAUCGAGAACCCCUACCUAAUUAAUGGCAGGAAAUUUGAUCUGAGGGUCUAUGUGCUGGUAACAGCCUAUGUUCCCUUGAAGGCCUGGCUGUAUCGAGAUGGGUUUGGCCGCUUCUCAAGCACCCGCUUCUCCCUGAGCAGUAUUGAUGACAAGUAUAUGCACCUCACCAAUGUGGCUGUUCAGAAAACUGCACCGGACUAUGACCCUGAAAAGGGAUGUAAGUGGCAGAUGCAACAGCUUCGAAGAUACCUGACUGCAAAACAUGGCAGAGAGACUGUAGAAUCUCUGUUUAAGGAGAUGGAUAACAUAUUUGUCCGCAGUCUACAGAGUGUACGAAAGGUCAUUAUCAAUGACAAACACUGCUUUGAGCUCUAUGGCUAUGACAUUCUACUGGAUCAGAAUCUCAAACCGUGGUUAAUUGAGGUGAACGCAUCCCCGUCACAUACACCGAGUAGUCAAGAGGAUUACGAGAUGAAGUGCCGGCUGCUGGAAGACACUUUGAAUGUUGUUGAUAUGGAGGGAAGGCUGACUGGCAAGGAGAAAAGGGUGGGGGGCUAUGACCUCAUGUGGAACGACGGGCCUGUCUUCAGAGAGGACGUCAACCUCGAAACAUUUGGCAGUUCGUGUUUCACUGCCAACACACACUUGGGGUGCGUGAAUGACAGGGAGAAACAGCUUCGCCGGAUUCUAAAACCAUUUCCAGGACAGAAGAGGAUGUAACAUAUGCAUCAUUUUUAUGUCCCACCAAUAAAGUUUUAUUCUGGCAGAAGAGAGGCUCCAGUAAACACACAUAACUGAAAAACAUAAGUAAUAUCUCAUACAAAUGAGCUUUCCGUGAUGAUCUGAUCAUAUUCUUGGGUUGAAAUUUGAACAUGCAAAUGAAUGAAGACUACAUUUUCUUAAAACUACGGCCUACUACCAAACCUUGUAUUAUUUCAGUCGCAGAGUUAGGGCUGGUUAGGUUUGGGAUUUUAGCAAAGUCUCAGAAACAAGGUCAGGUCAACUGUUUAUCACGUGUUCCAAAGAAUGGCCAGUGAAUCAAUAUCCCUCGAGUGCAAAACAUUUAUUUCUAUGCCUUACAAA